CACGGUACUCUUGAAGACACAGAACUGAAGCCUCAUAGAAUGGACAGUCUUUGCUUAGCAGCAGACAUCAUGGCAGAACUGACUCAGAUCAUUGGAUGUGAUAAUGGUGCAGCGGAACUAGCAGGGAUUCUUCAAGAUCUCAACUUUAUUUCAUUACUGAGAACACAUGACGACAUCGCAUCAGGGAACCUUGAUUCAUCAUCAGAGUUUGAUGAGCACACCCAAGAUUUCUACACCCCUGACUUCAAUGCGACGGGGGAUGCAAUUCGCAUGGUUGGAAUCAGGAAAUCAAAAGAUGAACCACUGGGUGUUACAUUCAAGGUAGAGGAUGGUGAGAUAGUAGUAGCAAGGAUAAUUCAUGGAAGCGUCAUUGAUAAACAAGGUUUACUACAUGUUGGUGAUGUCAUUCAAGAGGUGAACGACCAUGAUGUCAGCAAUGACCCUGAUGCCUUGAGGAAACAUAUCAAGAAAGCUGAAGGAAGAGUCACGUUAAAGAUUCGUCCAAGCUAUCAAGACUGUAUAAUGCUACCUCCAAUAUAUUUUCGAGCAUUUUUCGACUACGACCCUUCCAAUGAUACCUUGGUGCCAUGUCAGGAAGUUGGCUUGCCAUUCAGAAGAGGAGACAUUCUAUGUGUGGUGGAGAGAGAUGAUAUGGAAUGGUGGCAGGCCUAUGUUGUAGGGGAUGAAGGACAGUCGGGCCUUAUUCCAAGCCAAGAUUUAGAAGAAAGAAGGAGAGCAUUUGUACCUCAUGAAAACAUCUAUACAAGUGAACUGGUUGCCUGUGGAUUGGUUAAAUCCAAGAAGAAGAAACGUGAGAAGUAUGAGACAAGGAAGAACCACCAGUUUGAUAGAUCAGACAUCGUAAUUUAUGAAGAAGUUCAGGAGAUGCCACCGUUCCAGAGGAAGACUAUAGUUCUUCUUGGUGCUCAAGGGGUCGGUAGGAGAACACUCAAGAAUAGACUCAUAGAACAUGAUCCAUCAAGAUUCGGUGUUCCCAUUGCACAUACAACAAGGCUUCCAAGACAAGGUGAGAAGAACGGUGUUGACUAUCACUUCGUCCUCCGCAGUGAAAUGGAGAAUGACAUCCUUAACCAUCGAUUCCUAGAGUAUGGAGACUUUGCUAACAACCUUUAUGGCACAACCUUUGACUCCAUUCGAGAGGUCAACCAGAAAGGUCAAAUGUGUGUGCUAGAUGUCAACCCUCAGACAUUGAAACUUCUGAGGAACAGUGAAUUCUUGCCUUUUGUAGUGUUUGUAGCAUCCCCAGAUCUAGAAACUCUUAGAAUAUUACACGAAGCAGCUGCAUCAUCAGAAAAACACGUCAUGGAUGCAGACCUACAGAAGACGGUUGAGGAGAGCGCUCGUAUCCAGAGACUGUACAGUCAUCUCUUUGAUUUCACCAUCGUCAACAGUAAUCUCAAUGAAUCCUGCCAGCAACUAUGUGAAGCUCUGAGUGCCUUGGCUCAUCAACGGCAAUGGGUUCCUAUCGAUUGGGUCUACGAUGCCCCCUGACACCACCUGUAUGGAUGGUGGUGGUGGUGGAGAUGGUGCACAAAACACCCUCUCGAUGCACUCCCUGGUAGAGGAGGGAGGAUAGACACCGAGACACAGACUGAACUACGCAACCGGAUGAUAGGCACACAGAUGAUAGAUACCAGGAAUGUCUUUGAGAUUCUAGCAAAGAUAGUGCACAUAAGGUUCAUUCAUAGCACUCAUUUGUAUCGGAUAUAUGGAUAGGAUUACGCUGUGUUCCAUAGAACAUGGCUACAUGAUAGAUAGUAAAGACGGGAAACAUGAUGGAGGUAGUUCACAUAUUCCUUGCACAUUAAUAAUCAAGCGUGAGGAGAUAAGAAGCCAAUACUGCAAAAAUAAAGUAUACCCCAAAUAAGCAGAGUAUGAAUGGAUUGCUUGAUUCUACCAUAUCACUUUAACUAAAAUUCUGUGGUAUUUAUAUUUCUCUACUGCUUUUAGCAAUGAUCACAGAGAUGACUGCAGUAGGAAAUGUUCAUCAGGGGAGUGUUUCAAGAAGAUUUAGAUGUGAUUACAAAGUGCACUUCCAUUCCUAGUUGCAUGUGUAAUGACAGCAGCAAUCUGGGGCCCAUUUCAUAAAUAGUUGCAACUGUUGUAACUUUGCCAUGGUAGUUGCCAUAAUGGCAAAGUUACAACAGUUGUAACUGUUUAUGAAACGGGCCCCAGAUCAUUCUUGGAGGAUGUGAGCCUCUACAUUUCCAUCAGUAAAUAUCUUUUGCACUGAAGCCUUACCCCAAUUCACACUUGAUUAUUUGUGAACCACCCCCUGAUGCUGUAUAUUUUGUUUCUCAAGUGCUGCCAUACUCUUUGAAAAAAAUAGAAGACCCAAUUAAAUGAAUCAAAAGAACAAUCAUCCAUCAUGUCCUUAUUUUUAAUUUUGCUUGAAUACUCAUCAUAUGGAAAUAUAUGGAGAAAAGAUACAAGAACAACAACCAAAUUUUCUAAUUCCAUGUUCAUCUCAAAUAUACAUUGUUUUGAAAAUGUAAUACACAGGAUAGAAACUUAUCUUACACCUUGAUAGAAUAAUUGUAUGUAGAAUAGACUUGAAAAGAAUUCAAGAGUUACCAUUAAAUGAAAAAUGUAUAUCCAAGAAGAAUAAGUAAAAUUUAUGUAAUACUUGGUGCUUGUUUUAAAAAAAUUGGAAUCAAAUUUUGUUAAAAUUGCAAGUUUGGGAGAAAUUUCUUUUAAACUCUUCUUCUUAUGACCACUAUUUCCUUUGAAAUUAUGUCUUAGUCUGAAUAUCCUGAAGUGUGUCUAUUAGGAUACAUGAAAAAAAUGCAUGUUUAUAUAUUAUCAACCAGUCUGUACUUAAAUAAGGACAUAAUCCUUUCUCUUAAAUAGUCAUUUUUUUAAAGUAAUUAAGCAAAUAGGUUGUUAUGACAAUCAAUAUUUCCUCAGGGCUUUUGUUAACAGUUUGCAUCAGUGUUCAUAUAUGCAAGAUUCAUGCAAAAUUUAGUUCACUUGCAAAGCUUAUUUAUAUUAUAUUUUAUUGCAUUUUGUGUAAAUUUUGAAUUGUUUGUGAAAUAAUGUUUUACACCCAUACUACAUGUAUGUCGAGUUCAUGUUGUGUAUAUUUUUUUAGAUGCUGUUAUAUGUUAUACAUUGUUACACCUUAUUGUGCAAUAUAAGUUUGUUCACUGUUGUCAACCUGUGUUUUGGUAAUGAAAUAGCUAAGUAUGAAAUUUUGCCUUGAUCUUGGCACCAAUUGUUCAUAUAUUUAUCUGUUGGGGGCCAUUGAAUUAAAAACACUAUUUGUGUCUUAGAUGUCUUAAUAUUGCAUUUGAAUUUCCAGUUGCAUGUGGUAUAUUGGUCAAAUCAUGCUCGUGAGACACACUAUGCCACGUUUCAAUCAGUCAUAUUAGGCUUUGAAUAUAAUAUUCUCAUUUGCACUUAAUUUAGUCAUACUUAUUUUUUUUGGUGAAAAAUUCUCCAGGUCGUGCCUCUCAAGUGCUGGCUAUUUAUGUUGAAGGCAAAAAAUUACCAUCAUUGUCCUUAUAUAUUCAUUACCUGAAAUUUUUAACGAGUGUUAAUUCCUCAUUCAAGUUUGAUAUAUUUUGGAUUUUCUAGGAAGUAUUGUACAUAUUUGACAAAAUGAAAUAGCAAUUUUUAUUGAAAUAUUUUGUAUAGAUCUAUAUUUUAGUCAUUACGCUUUGCCAAUUGUAAUACAUGUAUAGAAAUUUAGAAAAUUAGUCCUGAGAGACGAAUGUUAUUGUUUGUCAAUUGUUUGAUAUUUAUUAUUCAAAUGUUUUACACAUUUUGCCUUGAAGUUGCAUUCAAUAUUUGUAUAUCAUUAUGUUAUUCAAUGUUAUCCAUUGUAAUGCUGGCAUAAUCGUUUCAUGUGGAAAAAAAAGUAAAUUAAAUACCUGAAGU